AUGGUUCAUAGAAGAGGAACACCAAUCUUGAUCAUUUUGCCACUGCUACUUACACUCCAAGUACUUAUUUUCUGCUUAUCCGAAGAAUAUCCAACUCCACUUAACUGUACAGACACCACACGCCUAUGCACAUCUUUCUUAGCCUUCAAGCCCACCUCAAAACGGACUCUACCAGUGAUCCAAAGCAUGUUUGAUGUAUUGCCACAAGACAUAACCAUCGAGGGAAAUGGCAGAGACUACAUUUUCAUAAAAAAGAACUGUUCUUGUGCUUCACGUUUACACAAAUACUUGAGCAAUACUACUUUUACUGUGAUGGAGAAUAAUGGGUCUGUGUAUGAUUUGGUGAUGGAGGCCUAUGAUGGGUUGGCUUAUUUUUCUACAAAUUUUACCAGAAAGGCAAGGAAAGGUGCUGUGGUGUCAUUGAGGAUCAUGUGUGGGUGUUCGAGUGGGCUGUGGAAUUACUUGAUGAGUUAUGUUAUGAGAGAUGAGGAUAGCGUAGCAUCUUUGGCUAGUAGGUUUGGGGUUAGUAUGGAUAGUAUUGAGACUGUCAAUGGAAUCUCUAAUCCAGACAAUGUAACUGUUGGGGCACUAUACUACAUACCACUAAAUUCAGUUCCCGGAGAGCCUUACCCCUUAAAGAAUGAUUCCACUCCAGCUCCUGUUCCUGCUCCAUCUGCUGAUAACUUCAAAGUAGAUCCGGUGAAUCAUAAGGUCAAUGUUCCUUAUUGGUGGAUCAUUGGAAGUUUGACUGUGGGCCUAGCUCUGAUUCUCAUAGUGAUAGUAAUUUUUGUUUCCUUGAAAUCAUCCAGCUGUUUUCCUGGGGCCCGAGGUAGUCUAGCCAAAGAUUCUGCGGAGAAAACAUCUCAUGAAGUUCAGAUUCUUCGAAAGACAAGUUUUUGCUGUGCAUCAGGGAGGUAUAUUUGUUGCAGAUCUGGGGACUGGAAGCAGCCCACCGGAGAACCUAGCAACCGCCAGAUGAACAUUCCCGCAGUUGUAGGAACCGAAUUCUUUGACAUGGAGAAACCUGUGGUUUUCACUCAUGAGGAAAUUCUGUCUUCUACUGACGGUUUUUCCGAUUCCAAUCUUCUGGGCCAUGGAGCAUAUGGUUCCAUGUACUAUGGCCUCCUUCGUGACCAGGAAGUUGCAAUCAAAAGAAUGACUGCUACGAAAACUAAAGAAUUUUUGGCAGAGAUGAAAGUUCUGUGCAAAGUUCAUCACACAAACUUGGUAGAAUUGAUUGGUUAUGCAGCCAGUGAUGCAGAACUUUAUCUCAUUUAUGAGUAUGCUCAAAAGGGUUCACUUAAAAAUUACUUGCAUGAUCCUCAGAACAAAGGUCAUACAUCACUCUCUUGGAUCAUGAGGAUUCAGAUUGCACUCGAUGCUGCUAGAGGUCUCGAGUACAUACAUGAGCACACAAAACCUCAUUAUGUGCACCGAGAUAUCAAAACAAGCAACAUCUUACUCGAUGGCAGCUUUAGGGCAAAGAUUUCAGAUUUUGGUUUGGCAAAACUCAUUCUAAAAACAAAUGAUGGAGAAGAAUCAGUAACAAGAGUUGUUGGAACUUACGGCUAUCUGUCUCCAGAAUACUUGAGGGACGGCCUGGCUACAAUUAAAAGUGAUGUGUAUGCAUUUGGCGUUGCACUUUUUGAAAUAAUAUCUGGAAAGGAAGCCAUGACGAGAACUGCUGAAAGACGUUCAUUGGUAUCCAUUAUGGUGGCGGCUCUGAGGAACUCACAGGACUCCAUGAAUAUGUCAAGCUUGAAGGAUCACGUUGAUCCUAAUUUAAUGGAUUUGUAUCCGCUUCACUGCCUUUUCAAGAUGGCUAUGUUGGCGAAGCAAUGCGUGGACGAUGAUCCCAUUCUAAGACCAGACAUGAAGCAAGUAGUGAUAUCACUUUCACAGAUCCUAUUAUCCUCUGUCGAAUGGGAAGCAACGCUUGCCGGGAAUAGCCAAGUAUUCAGUGGCCUCGUCCAGGGGAGAUAG